AUGAGCAUUGUGAAUAUACAUAAUAUACCAAUAUCAAAGCUACCAAUUUGUGAUCCAUUUCACUGGAAGAUAGAAUUCUACUGCAACACAUGUAAAAGAUACCUUUGUGUUCCUUGUAAGGAGAAACAUGUAAUAGAUCUGGACACUAUUUAUCAUGAUGUAGUAAUACGUCAGUUAAAGAAUGGAGUUAUGAUAUCAGAAGCGUGUAAAAGACACAAAGGCAGAAAAUAUGACCGCUGGUGUCUGUCUUGUGAAAAUCCUAUCUGUGUCAAGUGUAAUGAACACCAACAACAUGAAACACAGAAUAUAGAAUCAUGUUGCAUGGUGUGCAGAGAAGAGAGCAAUGACAGGAUUAUUCACCUCCGAGGUGAUAUACUUCCUUAUAAUGUGGCUAUCCUAGCGGAUAUAAAAUCUGACAAGAAAACAGAAAUUAAAAUGAUUCAAAGGGAAACAUCCAAAAUCAGGUUGCAGAUGACAAGAAAAAGUCAGAGACUGAAGGAAUUUAUCGAUAAAGAAAUGCGAAAGGAAUUUACUGAAUUAAUGUCUCAAUUAAUCUCAUCGAAAUUCCAACAUCGAAAAAAGCAUAUUGAAAACAUGAUGAGAUAUGAAGAUCAAUUUGAACAGUCCGCAAAUAGACCAGUAGUAUUCCUUUUAUGGCAAAAGAAGUUUCAAAUUCCUAAAAUGAAUGAAAUUAAGGAAGAGGUGAUUUGUUUAAUGGGGAAAAUAAAACAGAAAAGGAUAGGGAGAAGGCAAGUAAGAAACGAUUCUCUCCUGAAAAUGAUCAGACCUGAGUUUCACAAAUCUUUAGUUGUGACAGGUAUCACAGAGUAUCGUCAUAUUUCCCUUGGAUUACCAAACAAAAUCUGGGUAAGUGAUAAAAAUAGCUUAAUCUUGACCAGUGCAAAUGGUGACAUACUGCAUCAGCUGGCAGUUACAAAUAAUGGUGCUGGUGUACACACAGUGACCAGAGAAAAAGAACUCAUUUACAUGAAUCAAAAUGGUAACAUCUGCAAACUUUCACAAGACAACACAACAGAGUCAACACUAGUAAAGAGAUCAGAUCCAUGGAGACCACAUUGUAUCUACAGUUCCCUGUUAAAUGGAGAUUUACUGGUAGGUUCUGGUAAAUAUGAUAUAGGUAAAGACUAUCAUACAGAAGCAAAAGUAACCCGAUACAACAAUAAAGGAUCACUGCCCCAAACUAUCCAAUACAAAGGCGAUGGCCAGACACUUUAUAAUUGCCCUGCAUACAUAACAGAGAAUAGGAAUGGAGAUGUUAUUGUGUCAGAUUUUAGAACUUCACACAGUGGUGCUUUGGUUGUAACAGACAGUGGAGGAGGAUAUCGAUUCUCCUACAUCGGACCCCCUACAGGAGGACUACGAAUUUUACCUUGUGGGAUUUGUACAGACGUACUAUCAAACAUCCUGGUGUGUUGUGGCGACACAGGCUCCAUUCAAGUCAUUGACAAAGACGGACAUUGUCUGUUACUAAUAUUCACAUUUCCAAACAUAAGGAUGCCAUGGAGCCUAGCCUAUGAUAACACAAACCACCUUUUAUGGGUUGGAUCAUAUGUAGAUAAAAUGCAUUUAUACAGAUACAUUAAUAGAAAGAAUUACUUAUCAAAGUUAUGA